UUCUUCUUCACACAGUAGUGAGAUUUGCUGAUAUACAGUUAUGAGUCCCCGUGACUACCUUGUUCUGCUGAUAGUAGUAAUAAAAUCGGUGUUUGCACUCGAAUUAUUGAAAAACCCAGGAUUUGAGAGUCUGGACCUCUCUGACAACUGGGGAGGAUCUGGAAUCAACCUCGACAUAAUCACAGACGACGUCCAUGGGGGCAGCCGUGCCCUGAAAGUUACUGGCAGAAAGACUUGGGAUGCAGGUCCGGGCCAGGUUAUUCCUCUGAAGCCUGGUGGUCGCUACGCCUACAGGACCAGUAUCAAGCAGUUGAACGACCACCCCGGGGCCAUGUUUCAGACCAUGAAGAUGAACAUUGCAUAUACCUGGUCGGAUGAUGGCAAAACCGACUACUCUGGCAUUGGUCAGCAUCCUUACGUUAAGUCUUCAAGUGGAUGGUUUUCUUUGAACGGAAAUUUCACCGCCCCUCUAAGAAAUAUGAGCAGGGCCUACAUACAUUUCCAAGGCCCAGUUCCUGGCAUAGACUUCCUCAUUGAUGACACGUCACUUGUGGAAGUGGAUGAGGAUCCUAACUGGAAGGCCGAGGCAGAUGCCAGGAUUCAGAAGAUUCGGAAAAACGUCAUUAAAGUCAAAGUUACCCACUCAUCAUCUUUCAACCCCGCUGAUAUUGAAAUUAAGAUAGAUCACAAGCGUCACCUUUUCGGCUUUGGGUCUAUGGUAAAGGAGGCAUUUAUGACAAACGACGACUAUAAAGAUUAUCAAAACUUUGUCUACAAGAUGUUUAACUGGGUGACAGCUGCAUCUUUUAAAUGGAAGUUUAACAGAGGCACAAGGGACAAACCCGACUACAAAUAUGCAACAGAUGGUGUAAAGGUCAUGAAGGAACGUGGUAUGAAGGUGAGAGGUCACAAUAUGUUCUGGGGAGUACCAGGGCACUCUCCAGCGUGGGUUGAAGCUUUGAACGGAACAAUGCUGAAGGCUACCAUCGAAAAACGCCUCAAUUAUAUAACGGGCAUAACCAAAGGACAAUUACAACACUGGGACGUGAAUAACGAACUGCUCCACGGUCAACUGUACGAGGAAAAGACAGGUGAUCCUCACUACUCGGAGAAGAUUUACGACAUGGUCCACAAAGCUGAUCCCGUUCCCAAGCUCUUCCUCAACGACUAUGACGUCGUUGCUGUGGGAGCUGUUACGGACUCAUAUGUCGAGCAGGCAAAGGCUUUCAAAAAAGCUAAUGUUGGACUAGGCGGCAUGGGUCUUCAGAGUCAUUUCAGACCAUACACACGCCCAGACCCAACGCUAUUGAAAACUCGUUUGGACAAACUGGCAUCUGUUGGACUGCCUCUGUGGAUCACCGAGUUAGACCUGGUGCACCAUGACGACAAUGUUCGGGCGGACUGGUACGAACGGGCUCUCAGAACCUACUUCAGUCAUCCAGCAGUGGAGGGCGUCAUAUUCUGGGGAUUCUGGGAUCAUGACAUGUCAAGUCCUCUUUCAUCACUCGUCAGUGGAUAUAACUUCUUUUUGAACGCUGCCGGGCAACGGUACCUGGAUCUUGUGAUGAAAGAAUGGUCAACACAUGUAGCUAAGAAUCUCUCAGAUGGAUCGUCCUUCUCCGUGAAUGGCUUCCAGGGAGACUAUGACAUUGUAGUCAACUACAAGGGGAAGCCCGUUGUGUACCAGGAAUUCCACCUGGGGAAGGCAGAUGCCACACUCAACCUGGACAUCAGUGGCGAUGGCCACCAGGUUACUCUUCCAACAACGGUUGAUCCAUUUGUCCACGUUACCCAUCCAGUGCAAGUUUCCCAUAACAACGAGCACGUUAUUGGUCACAUGGCAUCGAGAGCACACAACACCGACAUCCAAUGUGUUACGCGCUGGUCGGGGUUUUCAGAAGUUGGUGAUGACAAGAAAUGUUAUGCUUACUGCCAGGGAGAUGAGGUUAUGACAGGCUGCUCCAGUUAUCAUAAGAAUGGGGAAUGGUAUCGUGAUGGUGAUCAGUUUGAGACCCACAAUGGCCGCAUAGCUUGCAAGGCUGUUAAUGGUUUCAGAUCAACGAGCGGUCUCCAGGCUGUUGCACGAUGCUGUAAGACGAAGAACAUCAUGUGUACCUACAGAGGAUCAGGACCAUCUGCCAAGUCUGUGGAUGCAAGAGUGGAAACAACUUGUCAGCAUAAUGAAAUAGCAACAGGUUGUACAUCGUGGACAUGGGAUUCAGAAAUGUUCGGAGCCUUUCCAUCAUUAAAUCACAAGGGAUGCGUUGCCUCAAAUGAAGGCACCACUGUAGGUACAUGGUCUUACGCUGCCUGUUGUACUGCCCCUAAGCUUGCAUGUAAGACAAAGGUAUCAAAGCCCAGCGGACUUCAGAAGGGAGCAAAGACUGUGGUAUCCUGUGAUAAGGGAACAGUGAUGUUAGGCUGUAGCGUGAGGGCAAACUAUGGAAGAUCAGCAGGCGCAUUCAUUGGAGGUUCACAGCCAGAAUGGUGCACUGCUGUGAAUGGUCAAGAUAAAGUUACUGGCGAAGAAGGUGUAUUGGCUGUUGCUAUAUGCUGUUCACUUGAUAGUCAGGGGGGUGCUAUCAUCGGUUAGAUCCAGUCAAAUUAAAUGUAUAAAAUAUGUGACCGUUGUUCUUAUAUAAUGAGACAAUAUACUUACUUGGUAC